AUGUACUCCGCCCAGCAAACCGGCGCUGAUAAUGCGACAAUCAAUCCCGCCGCUCUCAGCUCACCUAUUAUAGGUCUUUCGCACCAACCGCAACGCUCGCUCAAGCGCAGUCAUUCUCCUGUACUUUACGACGUGCUACAGCCCGGUGAUGAUGGUGAUACGAAGCCACUCCGGAAACGAGCCAAACCAAUGAAUAAACGAUCUUCGGGGAGCAUUUCCGAGGCUCCUGGGCAGGCUGCAGCCUCGACCCUCCCUCAGGCGAUCCCUCCACCCCAGACCCCUCAAUCUCAAGGCUCGACGUUGCCACAAGCCAGCCCUGCCUACACACCGGCACAGACACAAAUGCCACCCAAGACCACUCCAACAAAGUCAACUCUGAAGGCGCUGCCAACUGUACGAGAUCAUACAACUGAUCAGCUCAAUGCAUCCGGUGAUGAAUAUCUGCCUCGCGAGAUUGACGAGUUUGGAGAGAAAAAAGUCCAGCAGAACGGCACACUCAACGGAGGUCGAGAAUACAAGUGUCGAACCUUCCUGGUUCCCAACAGAGGAGACAAACUCUUCAUGCUUGCCACCGAGUGUGCUAGGGUUCUAGGCUAUCGAGACUCGUAUCUUCUGUUUAACAAGAACAGGUCACUAUUCAAGAUUAUUGCCAGCCAGGCCGAAAAGGACGAUUUAGUCGCGCAAGAAAUCCUUCCUUUCUCGUAUCGUUCCAGGCAAAUUGCCAUUGUUACCGCCAGGUCAAUGUUCCGGCAAUUUGGAAGCCGUGUGAUUGUCAACGGUAGAAGAGUCCGCGAUGACUAUUGGGAAACCAAGGCACGGAAACAGGGCUUCACCGAAGCUGACCUAGCUGGCGAAAAGCGCCCCGGUGCUACAAAGGCAAGAGAGGCGGCCGAGGCGCAGCAGAACAACGUCUUGCUGGCUGGACCCCAUCCAGAGAUUGUGUAUAGCAACAACCCAGGACCGUUCCCCGGCCCCCCACAGCCGCACCUUGUUCAACCAGGUAUGAUCGGACCACCACCCGGAACUACGACAAGAAUGCCCGGAUUGACACUAGGAUCAGACCUCAGCGACUCCCGGCCGCGCGAUUACUCGGGAAUCCUCAAAGGCGGACCUCGUCAGGAGAUCACCGGCCCUGCUUACCAAGACCAGACUCGUCCUUCGCCCCUCGGGGAGCUCAAUGCCCAAGCUCAUCAUGCCGCAGAUUUCAGCAGGUCAGUUAAUCAGCAGCGAGAUAUGCGCAACGACUAUCUCCAGGGCAUUUGGCGACGCCCACACGAGCAGCCUCCCUCCAAUCUGACCCAGCAGCCUGUGGCUCCGGCCGAUAAUUCCAAUCCUGCAACCAGCCGACCGUCACACUCACCCCAUACCACGGCCACGGCCAUGUCACAGCAGCCUGGAUUAGUAUCCACGCAGAGCCCUCAGAUGAUGAUGACCACCGCGCCCUACUCACAGUCUAUCAGCGCCCAGAGCAGUCUUACUCAGGCGCCGAUGAGAGGUAUGGCGCACUCACCAACACAGUCGAACAUCAGGCCAACACUCCCAGGUUCCACAGGGUCCAUGUCACAAGGAACGCCCGGCUACAACUACCAAUCAGGUCAAAUGUGGCCACAGACUCCUCAGGCGCCUCAGCACAGCUAUGGCAGCUACACUGCUCAGUCUCAAGCGCCCCACCCCUCACAGUCACCCUCUUCACAUCUCCGCCAGUCUAGCUCUGGCCAGAUGCAGAGCAUGCAAUUCCCCGGCAUGGCUGGCAUGCAGUAUGGUGCGGGACAAAGCAUGUACCCCACUGAUCAGACGCCCCGGCAAUACAUGCCUCAAGGCGGAGCAGGAGCACCUUCUGUAUCACAGGGCUGGUCUGGCCAGCAUUCACCAGCCCAACAAUGGUGGACUCCUGGGCAGCAGCCUCAAUAA